AUGCUUUCAAAAGUCAUCUCAAGAGGAUUCGCUGCCAACGAAAAAACCUUGAAAGCAAGAAUCAAGUCAGUUACCAGCAUAGGAAAGAUCACCAAAGCCAUGAAAAUGGUUGCCGCAGCUAAGAUGAGAGCUGAACUUGCUAGAUUGGUAGCUGGUGGCAAAUUUGGCCAUCAAUUGGCAUCAAACUGGUUCAAAGGGGACGAUAUCGCCAGAAAAAACUUGCCAGAGUUCAAUGCAGAGUCAAGAACUUUAAUUGUGCCUUUUACUUCAGACAGAGGACUGUGCGGAGGUGUCAACUCUGGCAUCAUUAGAGAGACUAAGAGCAUUAUUGGUCGCCGAAGAGACAAAUUCGCCAUUUUCUCAGUUGGUGAUAAAGGCACUCUUGCUUUGAUCAGACCAUACCCAGAUCUUCUUUAUAAAUCAAUUACAAACGUCUUGACUCCAGUCAGCUUCGCAACAGCAUCAGCAAUCGCUUACAAUCUUGAACAAGCAGCCAAAGAUAAAGGCUGCGAUAGAAUUGAGCUGAUUUACAAUGAAUUCAAAAAUGUGGUGACUUCCAAAAUUGUGAGAAAAGAAUUGAUGCUUAGACAAGGGUUCAGAAAUGGCCAUUACAAAUCAGUCAAUGAAGUAGAAGAGCCAGACUUUCCAUUGGCAACUGAGAUUUACUAUGAACUUUACUUAGCAAGCAAUGUUUAUCAUGCCAUGCUUAACAAUGCAAGCAGCGAGCAAAGCGCAAGAAUGUCAGCUAUGGAGGGCGCAAGCAAAAACUGUAGUGAAAUGAUCGGCAAAUUGAACCUUGACUACAAUAGAGUUAGGCAAAGCAAAAUUACCAGCGAGCUUUGUGAAAUCAUUUCAGGUGCAGAAGCUCUUUAA